CUGGGGGCGGGGAGACGGUGAGUCGGGGAUAAACACUCCGCGGCGGGGGCGGCUGCUGCUUGUCUUCGGGUUCUGUCACGGUGUCGGCGGUACCCAGCUCACCAGUCCCCUCCCCCUUCUGGCCAGCGUGGUCGCCAGAGAGGCUUUCUCAACCCUGCUCUGCCGACUCCAAAGCCGGGAGCCGGUGUCCGGCGGCGGCAGCGGCGGCGAGCCCGUGGGCAGUGGGGGUUGGUCCCGUGGCUCCGGCCCCCGGUGCAGAAUGGCGACGGCGGUUCGGAUGAACAUCCAGAUGCUGCUGGAAGCGGCUGACUACCUAGAGCGGCGGGAGAGAGAAGCUGAGCACGGUUAUGCCUCCAUGUUACCAUACAAUAACAAGGACAGAGAUGCCUUAAAACGGAGGAACAAAUCCAAGAAGAAUAACAGCAAUAGCAGAUCAACUCACAACGAAAUGGAGAAGAAUCGACGGGCCCAUCUUCGCCUGUGCCUGGAGAAGUUGAAGGGGCUAGUGCCACUUGGGCCUGAAUCAAAUCGACAUACUACAUUGAGCUUAUUAACAAAAGCCAAAUUGCACAUAAAGAAACUUGAAGAUUGUGACAGAAAAGCCAUUCACCAAAUAGACCAGCUUCAGCGAGAGCAGCGACACCUGAAGAGGCAGCUGGAGAAACUGGGCAUUGAGAGGAUACGGAUGGACAGCAUCGGCUCCCCAGUCUCCUCAGAGCGCUCAGAUUCCGACAGGGAAGAAAUCGAUGUGGAUGUUGAAAGCACAGACUAUCUCACAGGCGAGUUGGACUGGAGCAGCAGCAGCGUGAGUGAUUCUGAUGAACGGGGAAGCAUGCAGAGCCUCGGCAGUGAUGAGGGCUACUCCAGCUCCAGCGUCAAGAGAAUAAAGCUUCAGGACAAUCGCAAGACGUGUCUUAGCCUAUAAGAGAGAGUGGUCACUUCGGCAGCCCCCAGGUGGUUCUCCCUGUCGGAUCUGAUUAGGUAGUGUAUUGGACCAGCCCACAAUCCCCUUGCACGUAAACUUCAGUGUACUAUCCUUACCGAAACCAGUUUUGUAAACAUUUUCAAGGAAGUGCUUAGGAUUGUGGGUUUCUGAUUUCAUCCACUAGCUUCUCUUUCUCCAUAAAAUUCGUCUCUGAGAGACUGUACAUUCCAAUCAAUUUGAAGCACCCCAAAAUUCUUAGAGCGAAUAAGCAACUUUCACGUCUCAGCAGUUUCUCCCUCUUGUUUACUGUCCCCAUGUGUAGCCUACCAAACCUUUUAAAAGUUUUCUGGCUUACUAUGUUAUUUGCCUAGCAGAAAUGUACGAAUGUGUCUUGUGCUUAGGAAACUGAAGGAAACAAGCUUCUAAAGUUGAGAUCCUGAUCUCAGCACUCCAAAGUAAGCUUUGAAAGGGGCAUUUAAGAGCACUUAACCAUGAACCUCACCAGAGUGAGGAGUCAGGAAUACCUCCAGAAAACACCCUUCACACACCCCUGUGCUCAUUCCCCAGACUCGCGUGUGGAUGGGAGCAGUAUUUCUCACUCUAAAAUGGACACCUGGAGAGCAUGGCUUUGGGGUUGCACAGCUUAUAAAAGUUCCAAUAUUGUUUGUUCUCACAAACAAAAUGGUACAAACUAUUUUUGUGCGAUGCUUUUGGGACCACGCUGUGUACUGCUACUCCAAGGCUCAUUUCUUCUCAAAGUUUGUAUGCUACUUGUCUCUGGAACAUUUUUUUUUUUCCUACCUCAGAGAUAAAGGAGAUCUCCAUUUCCCACUUAACACAGUGAUUAUGCCUCUUUUUUCCCCCAAAUAAGUGACAUUUGGUCCAACUCUAAUCUAUUUUCCUAUUUAACUUUCAGCAAUAACUGAGCUUUGGCACUAGUUGAGCUAGUAGCCAUCAUCAGUGAAAGGAAAAGUCCACAUUUCUACUCUGUGUUGCAGGUGAACAGGAGGGGCUGGUACAGUGUUACUAGAAUUCCUCUCAUUAUUUUUGGAUGCACCCAGAAACUUCUUUAUGGGGGUUUUGGGUUGAUAGUUUAAAAGACUGAUUUUUCUUUUUGGUUAUGAUUUCUCCCUUAAGUGGUCUCCCACUUUGUAGCAUUUUUAUUUAAGCUAAAACAGAGCACAUGUAUAUGUACAUAAGACACAUUAAAUCUAUAAAUACUAUUUAUUCAUUUUAUAUAAACUAAUGUAAUGGAAAAUAAAUUCUUAUGACUUUGUGCUUUUAUAGAUGUUCUAGAAACUUUGUAUGUAGGUAUCUACCAAAUUGGUUCAUUCCCCUUAUUUUUGCAUUCAUAUUUUUGAGGUCUUGAUGUUUUCAGCCUCUGGCUAAUCUUUUUCAUUGAAUUUAAACCAUUUGUAAAAUCUGUGAUGCUGAAACAGAGUGUAUGUCACAAAGUGAUGAGAACAUUCCUAAAAUCCACAGACGCACUGCAACCUAAGGGCUCAAGGGCUGAACCAGUAGCGGGCGGCCACCCUGUGUCCCCGCUGGCCUGCGGUCUCUAGCAUGCCACAGCCUCACACCUCCUCCAUCACCUCCACCUUCCACACAACUAAAUGUUCAAACACACUCUAUACAGAAGCUCAUUCUAGAUGUGAAGACCAAUGUAAACAAAGCAAGACUACUUUUGUGUUUUUAAUAAUUCAAUAUAUUUAAAAAAUUUAAAUUGGAAGUAGGGGAUUGCUAAAUGAUCCCAAAGUCAUGUGUAACUCUUCUGCUUCUGUUCUGGUUUUUCCUUCAUUUGGGCUUUGGGUGGGGUGGGGUGAGGGAGGGGCAAGAGACACGAAGGAUUUUUUUUUUCAUUAUUGGAACCUUUUCCAAUUACCAGCUGAAGAUUUGCACUGAAAUACAACUUGUAUGCCUUUGCAUUUUUAAAGCCUGCUUCCUGAAUUUAAGCAGAGUGAUAGUGUUCAAAGAACCAGCUCAGCCUGUAGUAUGUUUGAAAAAGAUGUAUCUGCACUUUGAGGUCCCUUUCGAAUGCCAUUCGCCAGACCUCUCAAGCAUUUUGUUUAAUUGCUACAAUUCAAGCGCCUCACAAGUCCACAAUAAUGAUGCUGGAUGGCAUCAAAAACUCAAGACUUCGGGGAAAGCUUGUGGGCUUGCAUUGGGGGAGGGAAGGGAAAAAAUGUGUGUACUUGUUUAAUUUAGAAAUAAGGCAUCUGAGAUAUGCCAUUAUUUUCUGUGUUUUAAUUGUUGUGCCUUUGAGUUAAACUGCAUUUUUGUCUUUUGGUUGAAAUAUGAAAUGUACUGUCCCAAUAUAAAACAGUAAUUAUUUGACCUUUGCACUGUUUGUCUGGUCCUUUUCAAUUUGACUGCUUAGCAAUGUGGAACUUGAUAGGUCGCUAUAUUUUUAAUGCACUUGUGAUAGACUGACACUAGGGUUAGACAUUACUUUCAAAACUCGGGGUAGACUGAAUCAGCAUGCUAGAUGGGCCACUCUCUGACCAAAACUGUAGCCUUCAGGACCAGCAAACUCAGCCCAAGGCAGCUAAUCCCCUUCCUUCCAUGGCUGAUGGACAGCCUUGAUUCACCAAUCUGUCCUCCCAUUCACUGAUCCACCAGCUUGACUGCUAAGAGCUAUACAGUCUUUUUGGUUGUUUUGGGGUUUUUUCCAGCAAAAUGAAAAACCUUUUAUUAGGGUUGUUGGGGGGAGGGGAUGGGCAAAGAUAUAAACCCCAGCCUUUAAGAUUUUGACAAUUGUAUGUAAUAGAGGUGUGUAUAAAUAUAGGCAUGUGCAUAUUUUUAUGUGAAAAUUGAUUUUAAACUAAAAGAAAUCUAAACUACAUUCUUACUGAUACCAUUGCAAUGCAAAUGGGAAAAUAAGUGUAUGUAGUCCAGUUUACUUUUAUGCAGUGAGAAAAUAUAUAUAUGUGUGCUUCUGUUAACAUCCCAGAAAACAUAACUGUCCAUGCCUGAUGACUUAGAAUGGUGGGCCGAGCAACCGGGGCAUUUUUGUUUGAGUUUUUUAUUGCUAAGCAGAGAGUUUGAAUUUUUCAAGGUGCCAAUAGCAACUGCUGGCACCUUUCUCUAGUCACAGACCUAAUGCUAGGUAGUGAUUCAAAGAGCAUCACAUUUUUUUUUUAGCAGGACCUAGAUUCUUCUCCCUGUCAACCCAAGACUAAAAUAAUUUCAGUGUCCAUUCAGAAUUGAGCACUAAGUAGGCCCAGACCCUGCAAUUGGCCAUUUGAGUGGUUUUGGGUUUUUUAAGAUGGGCAUUUUCCUUGAACCUCUACUUUUUUCAAAAGAAACAAAAGGACCUUACCUAGGCUCCUAACGGGCCUCUCUGCUUCAUCUCUGAAGUGGCCAAGAGCAAAUCUUAGGGUAUGGGGAAAACAAAGUAUCAACUGGGUAGGAUUCAAAAUGACUGUCUAGCAACAUCUUGGGGCUUGCUAAUGGAUUUUGGACUUUUUUCUUCUUCUUGCCUUUCUUCGUCCUUUAGAGAGAAAACUUAUUUUUGCAAAGUAUAUACAUACAUACUAUUAUUUAGGUUUUUAUACCAUCCUGUAUUGGCAAGAGUAUCACUUUCAUUGUGCUUUAUAAUCUAUUUAUUCCCCCAAAUCUUGAUCUUCACUUGUUUCACCAAGUUUCUUUGUCUUCUCCUUCACCUGCCCUGUGUGUCGAGCACCAGGAAGUCAAAGGCUGCAAGGCAAUUUCCUGCAUGGUGAUCUACAGAUUAUUUUUCUAUGUCUAACUCUUAGAUGCAGUAUGUUUAGGUAGCUGGCUAUUCAUGAUUUUCAAAAUCUUUUCUGAGAGAAGACAACCCAAAGGCCCUUUUAGACGAGGUGGUAUUUAUUCUACAUGAUAGAUCUCUUUGUUUUUGAAGAUACCUGGGAGUUGGGGGAAGGGGUGUAAUAUGUGAUUUAUCAUUUUUUUUAUUAAUAGUACAUGGGUGAUCCUCUUACAUUCUCCUGAAAGAAGAAAUAAUUGCCUGUCACUACCAGUCAGCUAUUGAAUGGCUGAAGAAACCGAGUAUCUUUGUCUCCUCUCAAAAAUCAUACAAUGAAAAUCAGUAAGACACCCAAUUCUAACAUUUAUCCAGAUUUUUUAUUUUGACUUCCUAUUCUCUCUAGGGGGGUGGGGGUUGAAGGGGGUGUUCUUCAUUUUACCUGAGAACCAAACUUGCCUUUACCCCUUGUCUCUAGAAUUGGUUGCUCUGGGAAUGUUGCUGUUAACCACCAACGUUGGGGGCCAUCUUCCUAGUGGUAUACACAGCCUAAACAGGGGGCAGAAGAUGAGAGUAUGCAGUUCUGUUUUCCAGAUGUUUCUUUAUGUAAAUACGCCAAUGUAAAUCCUGUGUCAAGACAUAGAGAAUGGUGCUUUUUACUACAGUUAGCACAUGCAUUUUUAGAACGACUAUGUGUUUGAGAAUCUUUGCUGUGUAUAUGUAAACCUCUGUAUUGUUCAACUGUUAACAAAUAAAUUAUUUCAUUAUUAAAGAAA